AAAUACUCUGCGACCUGCACUUUGCAGACGUGGCCCUAAUGGAGUGUUCGGAUUUUAUGCAACAGUUGCGCAGCUUCAAACCACAAUCGCUCGGAUGUGCCGUGGCUAGACGCAAGAGUUCGACCACGCUGAUCUUCCCGCUGCCACCGCAAGCCUGUUCAGAUGAAUUCUGCGAAGACUAUCCGCAUAAUCUGAUACCGACGCCCGGCUACUGGAUCGAGUGUUCCCGGCAGAAGAUAUCGUUUCCGAAUCAGCACACGAUUUGGGAUGACAGUGAUUCCGAUCACGAGGAAGCGGCCAGGGGUGGCUUCGCGGACAUCCAGCUGGAGCGGAACUGCAGUGAUCUGUACGAGGGGGACGAGGAUUCCGACAAUGUGCCAAGGAAAAAGACGGCGAUCGAGGAGCAGUGGGAGCAGCAGCAAGCCUUCGAGCUCACCUCGGUCGAGCAGGAAACGUACGAGAAGUACUUCUACGGGGGCGAACACUGGAACUACUUCACCAACGACGAGGACCUCGGCCCGGUGAUCCUGUCGAUCAAACAGGAAACGAUCAACGGGCGCGAUCAAUUUAGGAUACUAGUUAGAGCUAUAUCGUACACCGUACAUGGACUGAUACCAGCCUCUUGUGUUUUUGCUGAUAGGUAUAAUAGGGAAGAAGUAGUUAGAUCGUUAGGUAAAGAAGUAAACUUAAAUCCACCUUUAACGCUCGGACAAUUGCCAGAUACUCCGGAAGAGCUCCUAAAAUUGGAUCAGGUUUUCAUAAAAUCUGAACUGAAGGUGGGCGUGAUCUACGUGAAGGAGGGUCAAUAUACAGAAGAACAAAUUUUAGACAAUAAUGAAAAUUCGCCGUUAUUUGAGGAAUUUUUACAGCUACUAGGUGAUAAAGUUAGGUUACGAGGUUUUGAUAAAUACAAAGGCGGCCUUGAUACUGUUCACGAUUUAACAGGACUUUACUCGGUUUAUACAAAUUGGCGAUCGAUAGAGAUUAUGUUCCACGUGUCCACCCAGUUGCCGUACGAGCGCCACGAUCCGCAGAAGCUUCAACGAAAGCGGCACAUCGGCAACGACAUCGUCUGCGUGGUGUUCCUGGAGGCGGACAACACCGCUUUCAGCCCGGCCUGCAUCAAGAGCCAUUUCCUGCAUACUUUCAUUUUGGUUCGCGUCUCAGCUCGCAUCAAACGGAAACCGACCCGCUACGAGGUGUCCGUUGUCACGAGGGACGAAGUUGGUGCCUACAAACCGUACCUUUGGGAACAGUCAGUUUUCGAAAAGGGUCCUAUGUUCCGAGAAUGGCUGCUGACGAAGAUUGUGAACGGCGAACGAGCCUCGUACUCGGCGCCCAAAUUUGCCCGGAUGCAAGAACGCACCCGGUCCCAGAUGCUGGAGGACAUCGUUGCCAAUCUGGCCAACCACGCCGAAACCGGACAGAUCCCCAAACCAUACCGAAGGGGUUCAUGGAGACCCAUCGGACAUAUGAGGCCUUCUUCACCGUUACUAGAUUCCGUUAGAGAUCAGUUCGAGGAUUACGAUCAAUUAGCGAAAGAUUUUACGCGCGUAUUUUUAAACUCGGAACCGUCGUGUCUUCAAAACGCCCAGCUUUUCGACGUCGUAUUUCUGGUCGGUCAGCAGUCCAAGCAACGGGCCCGCUUCAUCGGCGUACGCGCCAUUCUCGGCGUGCGCAGCAGGGUAUUUCAGGAAAUGUUAUACGGCAUCCAGACCGGGUUCGGUUCCCCGCAAGUUCCGGUCGCUGAGCUGCUGGCACGACCGGCCCCUACGCUUUUAUCACCGCAAAACCAGCGACCCAAGAGCAGUAACUUCCUUCAGGUGCCGGACAUUGAAUCGGCUCGACCGAAAAGUGUUCCCUCGUCACCGAUGGUGAAACGAGCCUUCUCACGCCUUGGAACGAUCACUGCCGGCUGGGGGCGAUCGAUUCGCAAGCAGCAGUCACAACUCCAAGUCGAAGACAAGAAAAAGUGGGCUUCAUCCCAGGACUGUUCAGAUAAAGAUGGUAAAGAGGGUGGAUCGUCUAAAAGCAAAUCGAACACUGGUCAGCUAGCCGUUCCAAGGCUAUCGGUUUGUGCCGAUGCCCAGAAAGUCGACCGCACCAAACUAGCCCAGACAGAGUUCACGAUCAUCGAGUUUGAUCCGGAGACAUUUAGGGUACUGCUGGACUAUCUGCACACCGGUAGCUGCCCAUUGACCUGCAUAACUAUUCCAGGUCUAAUAUGCGCUGCGGAGCACUACGACCUGCCGGAGCUGUUGCAGGCUUGCUUUCACCACGCGAAACAGUUCCUGCGGAUAGAUGUGGUGUGUCCGAUGCUGCAAUCACUAGAGAACUACUACUGGCGGUACACCUCGGCCUCGGAACUGGUCAACAUGAUACUGGCCUUCGUCGAGACCCGUGCCCAUGCCCUGUUCCAGUCGGCCGACUUUCUGCUUCUUAGCGAAUCUAUGCUGCAGAUGAUCAUGUGCCGAAACCUAGAAAUACCGGAAGUGCGCAAAUUCGAAGCUAUGUUGGCGUGGGCGAAGCACAAGGUGAAAUCGAAAGCCUCAGCCAAAACGGAUGCCAAGCUGGAAUUCCGUUGCACCAUGGAGCGGCUGGCGAGAGACCUGAAAUUACAUCGCAUCACCCCACAGGAGCUGAUCAAGGUGGUCCUACCCUCGAAGGCUAUCAAAAACGAACGCAUCUUGGAGACGCUGAUGUACCAGGCCAACAGCGGAAUGUACCGGAUACAGGACAGCUACCUUGAGGCGUGCCAACAGCGGCUCCAGAAGCAGGACUCGCGCUACAGUGAGUGGGGAGAAAGUUUCGACUGUGGCUUAUAGGACGAGGAUCAGCUGUAGUGAAACAGCUGAUCCUCGUUCCAAAUUCACUCCCAAUACCGGAUACAUGACCAACCCAGCCAGCUUUUUCACCACGACUCAUCACGACAACAAACCUCGCCCCGAAUUAUCGACUGCCCUCGGAUGGGCCCUGAGAAGUCCAGCAAACAAAAUGGAAUUCGUUGUUAUGUGUUGACCAUGUGUUUUAGAGCAUCUAAUAGGAAAUUGUUGUUCUUUUCUGUUCAGUGUCUACUCACUUUUCGGCGAAAGCAAGCAUAAACCAAAAACAAAAGAUCGUGUUAAAUUAGUUGGAUUUUUAUAUGCCAUAGAGUGCUAUCGUCAUUGUUGCAAAUGCGGAUCAAUCAACACAAACAGACAAGCUUCAAUCAAUCAAACGCGAUACCCAAUAGAGGAAACGAAAAUAAUUUCGAAGGAACAAAGUAACAAACAAACAAACAAUGCGCUGUGUUCUCCGUUUCAUGUGCUAAUGUUAGGAAAAGGGUAACCAUUCACAAUAAAA